AUGAAGGUGGAUUACUUCGAUGUUACGUUGGAUAGAGGUAUGAAUGAGCCGUACAUCGGAGGGGAGAUCAUCAAGGGUGUGAUCGAAGUCGGAUGUACACGUGAAGUACGAAUUGGAGGCCUUCUAGUACGAUUGACGGGUGUCGCCGAGACGGGAUGGCGAAAUAAAAAUAGUGAACUAUUGUUUGAAUCUAGGCAUAAUUUCAUGGAUGAACUCAUUGAUUUAACCACUUCCAUUGCGGAUCAUUGUAAUGAAGAGUUCUACCUCCUAGAAGGUCGACAUACGGUACAUUUCGAGGCUCGCUUACCACUGGAUGUCCUCUCUUCUAUAGAUCGAGACAAUUACGGUUCUGUUCGUUACACUUGCACUGCAUUGAUGGCAAUUCCUGAAGAUGGUGACACGGAGAUGGUUGCAGAGAAAACAUUCAAAGUAUAUCCAUAUCUGAAUCUGGAUGCACCAUAUAUGCGAGAUGCAGCUGCAUCCACGGAAGAGACCUUGGUUACUGGCUGCUGUGGCCGGGGACGCGGAACUAUAGUCGCAUCAAUGAAAGUGCAGGAAGUUGGACUUUUGCCAGGAGAGACCACCAGGAUUACGUUGACUGUUGAGGAUCGCACGCGCAAGAAACGAUGGCAGCGCAAGAAGGGGCAACAUGAAUGUGUGCUGAUAUCGCUCUGUCAACAGCUUGAUUUUGUCUCUACAAACCGAUACGAAACGGAGCUGAUGGAUCGGAAGAGUGUGACUAUAGCUGUAGAGUCUCAUGGAACGUGCAAGGCUAGUCCUGGAUCUGGUCCAGAGACAAAAGAAAUAGAAUUCUCCGUGCCUUCAGAUUUACCUCCGACAUCAAUUCAUGCCGAUCGACUUGUAACAAUCAGCUAUUUCUUUAAAUUGGAUCUCGAACAUUUUGAUAUUGUUGUUCCUGUGAUUAUUGGCACAUCGAAAACGCCUGGGAAAAUUGAUUGA